AUGGAGCGGUUGUGCGUGCUGUGGUGCGUGCUGUGGUGCCUGCCGCGGCCGGCGGCGGCGCGGUCCCCCCCGCACCUGGUGCUGGUGCUGGCCGACGACCUGGGCUGGGGCGACGUGGGCUGGCAUGGCUCGGCCAUCCGGACGCCGCGGCUGGACGCGCUGGGGGCGGGCGGUGUGCGGCUGGAGCGCUACUACACGCAGCCGCUGUGCACGCCGUCCCGCAGCCAGCUGCUCAGCGGCCGCUACCAGAUCCACACAGGUUUACAACACCAAAUAAUUUGGCCGUGCCAGCCCAGCUGUCUACCACUUGAUGAGAAACUCCUCCCAGAGCUGCUUAAAGAUGCAGGAUAUGUUACUCACAUGGUGGGGAAGUGGCAUUUAGGGAUGUACAGGAAGGAAUGCCUUCCAACCCGCAGAGGAUUUGAUACUUACUUUGGUUAUCUUCUGGGGAGUGAGGAUUAUUAUUCUCAUGAUCACUGUGUGCUCAUCAAAGCAAAAAAUGUAACACGCUGUGCUCUGGACUUCCGUGAUGGAGAAGAAGUCGCAACUGGGUUUAAAAACAUGUACUCCACGAAUUUAUUUACAGAAAGAGCUGUAGAUCUUAUAGCCAAUCACAAAACUGAGAAGCCCCUCUUUCUCUACCUUGCUUUUCAGUCUGUCCAUGAACCCCUUGAGGUUUCUGAAGAGUACAUGAAACCAUAUUCCUCCAUUAAAGAUGAAAAGAGGCGCCAUUAUGCAGGAAUGGUGUCUCUUUUGGAUGAAGCUGUAGGAAAUCUUACUGAUGCUCUGAAAAGAUAUGGUCUUUGGAAUAACACUGUUCUUGUUUUCUCUACUGAUAAUGGAGGACAGACUAUGGCAGGUGGAAAUAACUGGCCACUUAGAGGAAGAAAAUGGACCCUCUGGGAAGGAGGAGUUAGAGGAGUAGGCUUUGUUGCAAGUCCUUUACUGAAGCAAAAAGGGGUAGAAAGUCAUGAACUUAUCCAUAUCUCUGACUGGCUGCCAACACUGGUGCACCUUGCUGGAGGACAUACCAAUGGCACAAAGCCUUUGGAUGGCUUUGAUGUUUGGAAAACCAUCAGUGAAGGAAGACCUUCUCCCAGAGUGGAACUGCUUCAUAAUAUAGAUCCCAUGUUUGUGGAUGAUUACCCAUGUUUUGGCAUUGACAACAGGACAUCUUUACCACAGAUCAAUUCUUUUCCGUUGGGUAGUACACUUUUCAAUAUCUCCAUGCAUGCAGCAAUCCGUCAUGGAAAAUGGAAGUUACUAACUGGAUACCCAGGCUGCGGUCAUUGGUUUCCUCCACCAUCUUUGUUCACUGAGUCACAGAUUCAGUCAUAUGAUCCACCAACGAAGAGACUUUGGCUGUUUGAUAUUGUUCGUGACCCUGAAGAAAAAUAUGAGUUGUCUGAAAAACAUCCUCAUGUGGUGAAAAAGCUGCUCUCACGUCUUCAGUACUAUUAUAAACGUUCAGUGCCUGUGUUCUAUCCUGAUGAGGAUCCCCAGUGUGAUCCAGCAGCAACUGGGGUCUGGGGCCCUUGGGCGUAGUGCACAGCACUGUAUCCUGUAAAACAUACCUGCAGUAGUGUUUCAUUUGUGGACUUCAGAAUCUUAGUCACAUCUGUCUUACCUUGUUACACUGUUGCUAAAUGUGAGCUCAUUCUCAGCUCAUUCUCUGCUCAUUCUCUUAAAGAAUGAGAACUCUUGAAAUAUGGUCAGAAUCCUAUUUCAGUCCUUCCCACUCUCUCCUUCCCAGUUAUUGUUUGUGAAAUAUUGAUAAAAAUAUAAAUCUGUUGUUUGAGUAUUCUUUUUUAACAUUAUGCCCUUAAAGCAGAAAGUAAAAUGUUGCUUCCUUCUCUGGAAGGGAUUACUUUUGUUAAAAAGCUGCAGUGAGUCAUGGCAGCAGAAAUUUUCAGAAUUCUCCUGUGGAACAAACAGAUUUUUUUGUUUCAUGUUUACUCAGGAGACAAAUUUUAUUGAAAGCUGUUCAAAAUAAAUAAAUAAAUAAAUA